AUGGGCCACCAGAACACCAAACCCCACAGAGAGAAGCAAGCCAAUAUAGUGAUGCUGGGACUGGAUUCUGCAGGAAAAUCCACGCUGUUGUACAAGCUCAGGUAUAAAGAUGCUUUUCUGACCACGCCAACCAUUGGCUUUAAUGUGGACAUGAUUGAAACCGGGAGAGAUUUCACACUGACGUUUUGGGAUGUUGGAGGGCAAGAGAAAAUGAGGCAGGUCUGGAGCAAUUUCCUGGAGGGCACAGAUGGAGUGCUGUACGUGGUGGACAGCUCUGAUAAGCGACGGCUGGAGGAAUCCAGGAGAGAGUUUGAGCUCAUCUUGAAGAAUGAAUCCAUAAAAAACGUGCCGGUCGUGGUGCUGGCGAACAAGCAGGACUUGCCUGGAGCUUUGAACGCCGAGGAAAUCACCAGGAGGUUCAAGAUGAAGAAGUACUGCAGUGACAGGACUUGGUACGUGCAGCCCUGCUGUGCCAUCACGGGAGAGGGGCUGGAAGAAGCUCUCUAUAGAGUGACCACGUUUGCCAAGCAGUACAGCAGAUCCAAGGAGUCCUUCAAAAUCCUGAAGGAAUUCGAAACACUUUAAGGAUUUCUAUCAUCAAACUCUGGAGAAUGUGAACAUAUUUUGUUGGACCGACUAAAUCUGGAAAUAUUGGAGUCUGGGGAACUUUUAUACAUAAAUAUUUAUAAAGAACUUUGACAAUAUUGAAGUCUAC